CUUUGGUCUACUGAGUUCCUUUGCACCAAGCCUCGUCUGGAUGCUGCUUCUCCGCGGUCUCGUCGGAUUUGGUGUAGGGGGCGCUCCUCAGUCGGUGACGCUGUAUGCAGAAUUUCUGCCGUCAGAGACGCGAGCCAAGUGUGUCGUCGCAGUGGAGGUGUUCUGGGUGAUAGGCACUUGCUUCGAGGUGCUGCUGGCUCUGUUUGUGAUGCCGACGAUGGGUUGGCGCUGGUUGCUCAUCUUCUCUGCGGUGCCACUGGCCAUCUUCUCUCUCACGUGUGUG